UCGUUCUGUUGUCACCAACUAAACAAGAUGGCCGUUUGUAGGCUUGAUCCUUGUGGAAUUAUUUGCAUCUUUUUUACAUAUGUUGCUGUUUUUUAUGCAGAUUAUGUUGUUGUUAAACAUCUUGUAAUACCAUCAAUGACAGAGUCGUAAGUUAUCUUUUAACGCAUUUUCAUUGAUUUUGAACAAUUCUGAAUAAAUAAUAGGCCUAAGUACUCGAAGCUGAGACAUUUUUUUUUAGUUAAACAUUCUGACUUUUUCUUGAAUGGUCUUGGACUUGAAAAAGAAACUCGCACUCACCACGUAGGUUGACUUUCUAAAAAAGAUAAAGUAAUACAAUGGCACUACUCUUACGGUACAGAACACUGCAACUGCUGUCUUACACCGAAUAAUAUCUCACUUUCAUCUCAGAAUUGGUGUGGUGACUUUCCCAACUCAACUUCAUGAUGCAGAAUCAUUCAUUAUUAUUAUCACUACUACUAUAUCAACAGUUACAUUAGUAAUCAUUACUAUUAGUCAUUUUAAAUUCCCUAAUAUUUUUACUGACACAUUUUUAUAUAAAUUUUUGCAAAAAAAUUUUUUUUUAAUAUCUGUGAUUCGUGACGCAUGCCUGCAGCCUAUGCCUAUGUCUCUAAACAUACAUUCAUACAUGAUGACAUAUUAGUAGCGUUAGAUAAUUUAGGGAAAUGUAAAUUGUUGGAAAUAUUUAUCAUAUAUUUAUUAGUAAUAUUAGUAGGCAUAUUCUAAAAUAAUAUUAUUUAAAAUAUAUUUAUUAAAUUAUUGCCUUAACAAACAGUCUCUCACUUGUUUAAACUUAGACUUAGGUAAUAUAGAUUAGAUUAAAAGACAUCAAUUAAAUAAAUAAGUCUCAACAUCAUCAUCAUAAUUGGACAUAAUUAUAUUUUUAUUAGGACAUAGACUAGACAUAGAAAAACAGUUUACAUAGAAUAAUAUAUAAAAUAAUAAAAACAAUUAAUUAAUUUUAACAAACACAAAACUUGAAAAUUGCUAAAAAGAAAUGAUAAAAUGUGUAGAUUUAGUUUCAAGUUUAUGAUUACAUGUUAUUUCUAAGCUUCUAUUUCAGGUAAAAAAGAACAAAAUUAUUUCAUUUUAUUAUGCAUGCAUUCAAUUGUAUUAAAUUAAAGACCUCUACUUACCGUAAAUAAAAAUAAGAAUUUAUUGAAAUUUAACUGAAGCAUAUAUUUAACCAAAAUACAAUAUGGAGGCAGUUUUUUUAUAUUUUAUUUCCAUUUAUAAAUAAUAAUUUUUUCCAAUUUUUUGUUUCAUGGUUUCCCUCAAAUAAAAAUUAUCAGAAAUACAAAAUUUUUAUAUUAUGUGAAUGUUUUAUUGCUAAUUGUGUUGCACAUUGCAUUGAGAAUGUCUUCUGAAAAUUUGGUACCAUUAUCUUUUAAAAUAAAAAAGGCGUUUCCAAUAUAAGGCAGAAAUGUGGAAAGUUUGUUACAAAUUUCCUUGUUAAAUACAAAGAUAAAUAAGGGCAUUACAUAAAGAGUUAAAUUCUGAUGAUUAUGACAAAAUAUUCCAUGUUUAGAUUUUAAUUUAGUAAACGCUACAGUACAAGUGCAAAUGCUACUCUCAGUAGCACUAGGCCCUUAUUAACUUAAUAAAUAGAAAAGAAAGGGGUGAAAAUUUUGUACUUCGGUAGUAAUGGUAGCCUUAGAAAUAUCUUAUUAUCGUUCGAGAUAAUAAUGCGAUCAAACUUUUAUUUAUUUAAUUAUUUUUACAUAUUGAAUGAUAUUGAGUAUAAAGUCAUUUAAGUUAUUAUAUUACUGGUUAAUUACUACAAAUGUGAUUGUAAAUCUAUCCGUAGUUCUAAUUACUAAUUAGUUAUUGAUAGACACUUCCAUCAGCAAUUCUAAUUAGAGUUAUUGAUAGCCACUUCCGUCAAUAGUACUAAUUAAAGUUACUAAUAACCACUUCCGGCAUCCAAAUGAAAAAAAUCUGGGGCUUUUUUUUGUGUCAUCAUUUUUAUUCCUGAGUCUCACAGGCAUAAUAGCACAUAUAUUUUAAGUGUAAAGGUCAAAUGUAACAACUUGAAUGUUCAGAAACUGAUGUACGAUAUUCAAAACUAGGCCACUGUCGCAUAUUGUUGCUAACAAAAAAGAAUUAGCAAUUAAACCAUACAAAGUGUUCAAUACACAGCAGUGCAUAACAAAAAACAAUUGAAAUUUGCAUAAGCUUGUCAGGAAGGGAAUCCUCUCUACAUCACUGAUGAGGAAAUCUAUCUAUUUUUUUUUAAAUUUCUGACCAAAAAAGUAAAUGAAUUGAAGUUACUGAAAAUCACAUGCCGAAAAUCUGUCAAAACAAACUAAGUAAUUUUUCAUGUGCGCAGUGAAGUAUCGAAGUACCUAAGUUAAAAUUACUAUUGAUGCUUAUUUUACCAGCACGGUUCUUGGUUAUGAUAUUUUUGGUCUUGGAUAGUCAUAAGUUGUAAACAGCAUAAUUAAAGUCAACAGAAUCGAAAUAUAAAAUUAUUUAUUUAAAGUUCCAAAUAAGUCAUAUAACAGUAAACAGUAAAGUCCUUCUUUUUUCUUAUUUCCUAUUUUUCAGCUUCUGGGGUGCAUUUUGUGUGGUCUUUUUUAAUACAAUAGUCUUCCUACUGACUGUUUCACACCUUCGAGCUGUUUUAUCUGAUCCUGGCAUUGUUCCUAUACCUAAAACAAACAUUGACUUUUCGGAUAUCCAUUCUGAGACUGCAAAAAGAAAGACGGUCAGUAAUAGUGUAAACAAAAUAUAUAUUUUUUUACAAAAAUAUUUUGCCAAUAAUGAAUUGUUUACUGGUUCUUCUUGUUUUUAAAGUCAUUUAAAGUAAGUCUUACCUUAUAAUUAUUUUUUAUAUAUUACAAAAGAUAAAACUGUUUAUCAAUGAAUAAAACUUUAUUCUUGUUUAUCAGAACGAUGGAUGGACAGUUUGUAUGAAGUGUGAAACGUACAGACCACCUAGAGCUCAUCACUGCAGAGUCUGUCGUCGCUGUGUCAGACGCAUGGAUCACCACUGCCCAUGGUAAAGAAUGAGAAGAUUGUUUGAUGUCUGUAAAGUUGAAUGAUAUUUUCUACGUAGGCUACACACUCAAAGCAAGUGGGCCACUCAAGCUGCUUAAUAUAGUCAAUUAAUAUACAUGUUCUUGGUUUUUUUUUAAUAGAUUUAAAUCACCAUAAUAUUUUAUUAUUAAUUAUAGAUAUAAGAACAGCAAAUAAUAUCACUCAACAUCAAGUAGUAAAACUAAAAUGUCAACAAAUGAUUUAUAUAAUUAAUUUCUAAAAUAUACUUGUGUGAAUAUAUGUUUGUUUUGUAAGAUGCAAAAUCCAGCUAUCUUGUCACUAUCCAAAACAAAUUUGCAUAGAUUUUAUAAAUAAGGGAAAAAUAAGCAUUAUAUUUAAAUAAGAGCAAUGACAUAAUUUGUCCUUUUUAAAAAAAAUCCUUUAUAUUAACGCUCAUUUGUUCGUCGCUGGCUGGCAAAAUUUUGGCACAUAAACUCUUUGCCAAUGACAACACAUUCUUUCACUCCCUUUAACCCAAAAAAAAUCAGUUUUUCAAAGGGAAGAUGAAGAAAGUAGAAUGACACUUAUUUCACAAAAUAAAACCCCUAAUAAUUGCACUAAAUGAGGUUCUUUUAUUUAAAAAUGCUGCAAAUGCAUUUGGUGGGUAAUAUUUUCGUCUUUUUUUUUUUUCUGAAAUAAUUGUUGAAAUAAAUAUGUGGUGUAAAAGAUAUUAGAAUAUAAGUAUAAAAUAAAAAAGGGCAAUAGAAAAAUGCAUACAAAGGAAUUGUACGAUAAACUUAGUGGUUGUUUAAUUUUGUGCAACAUUAAUUCCUUAUGUUAAUUUGCCAUUGCCAUAUCACCAAUGUCCCCUCUGAGGUUAGCUGGUUCAUGUGCGAAAUCAUACAGUUGUGUGCAAAGUUUUACAGCAUCAGUUUUUUUGUAUGGAAAAUUGUACACCCCACAAACACACACUUACAUGGAAAUUUGCUGUGCGGAUACUCAAAACUGCUGCGCAUAUCACUAGAAAUUUUGUUCAAAUUACUGCAUUCUCUCUUCCUGUUUCAGGAUAAAUAACUGUGUCGGAGAGUACAAUCAAAGAUUUUUUAUCCAAUUUCUUUUUUAUGUUGGUAAGUAUUGGAGGGGAAAUAAUAAAAAUAAAGUUUCAGAUGUCUGAAAAUAUGAUGGAGUGAAAUAAUUAAAAUAGUUGCAUUCCAUAUGAAAAUAAGAUGAUAAUUUUGUUGGUGUGUAUGCACCGAGUUGAAAAAAAAAUGUUUACCAAUUGUUAACUAUUUAGGACCAUCUUUACACUUAAUGAAAAACAUAGAUAGAGGACUAAAUGAAAAUUGUCAGCUAUUAAUAACAUUCUUUACACAGUAAUAAACAUAAGUAACAAUAUGAAAUUUACUUAGUUUGAGAUGUAUUCAAGCAGUUUCAACUGCUUUAAUUAGGAUGCUUUGCAAUUUCUCAGGUAUGGCCAGUGUCUUUGCUAUUACGAUGGUCAUUGUUUCUUGGACCCUGGAGCCAAAAGUCAAGAAGGAGAUUAAACACAUAAAACUGUAAGUUGGAAUAUGAUGUUAACAUAUAAAUGUGGCAUUACUGGUCAUGUUAGAAUAUGUGUAGUUAUGAGUAAAUAUAUGUAUAUGUGAGUGUGUGUGUACAUAUAUAUGUAUGACUAUCUAUAUAUAUAUAUUUAUAUAUAUAUAUAUAAAUAAAUUCAUAUAUUUUGAAUGAAUAAUAUCAAUUAAAAAAUACACCACUGGUGUGCCCAAAAUAUAGCAAAUUUAAUUUAUAACAACAGCUCUUGGCUUUGAAGAAAAACUACCUACAUAUCAUUAUGUACAUAAUGUGUCUGUCAGCCCCAUUAACAAUGCACACUUUGAUUUUGACACUUUGUCUGCUCCUUCACCCGUUUCUAUAUUUGAAUAGUAAUGGUACAGACAUUCACAGGAGAGGGAGCAGAGAAAGUUUGUCUAAUCACUGUGACUUAUAAGACCAGCAGUAAUAGAGCAAAAAAUUUGGGGGCAAUUUUCAAUAUGGAAAAGAUGAAAUGUAUCUGUCGAAGAGGCAGAAGCAAGGAUGCCAGAUGAAAGUAAGAGAGGUGCAAUAGCAUAAAUAACUGAGGAUGUCAAAUUAUUUUCUGCUUCACUCAUUUAACUGAUUUUUUUUUUCAUUAGUUUUAUUAUCAUUUUUAUGUCAAGUUACAAGAAUCAGCUAAUUUGUAAACAAACAAAAAAAUGUGUCUUUUUUCAGAGUUCAUUCUGUGAUACUUGUGAUAGAAAGUAUCUUAUUUGGGCUUUUUGUCAUUGCCAUUGGCUGUGAUCAGGUCAGAAGCUGCCAAGUGGCUACAGAUAUAAAGCAUUGCAUAUCAUUUAGCCUUAUGAAUAAGUUAACUUACCAUAUUUAUCAGCGUAUAACACGCACCAUUGGCACCGCUAUGCGGAAUGUACUAUUGGACCUUAACAUUAUAUCGGCGUAUAACACGCACACAUCAUUUGCCCCCUAUUUUCAGAGAGCAAAAAUGUGUGUUAUACGCCGAUAAAUACGGUACUUAAAAUAUUUCUUAAACAAAAACAUUCCUUUUUUGUUUUAAAGAAGGAAGCAUAAAAAAAAAGGAAUUUUAAUUUACUUUGGUUGUCAGAAACACUUGAAGCCCUCAUUAAUUUUUUUAAAAUUUAGAUUGAUAAAUAAAAUGUCACAUAUUGAUUGCCUCAUCUUCAUUUUGUGUGUAUUAAUUAGAUGUCUGCAAUUUUGAAUGACGAAACAGCUGUUGAGCAUGUCAAAAGAGAAGGACCACUGAGAGCCAGGAAAUCCAGAUAUACUUUACUGCAAGAAGUCUUUGGAAGAAGUAGGUCUUUGCAAUGUUGUCUGCUUCUAUUUGUGACACUUUGUACUUAACUGUCUUAACAGAAGUUUAGAAAGUCAAAGGCAGGAGUCUUAACAUUUUUUCAGAUCGGUGCCACCGCCGCCCCCCAAUUCCCAAUCGAUCUCAAAUCAUUUUCUCCGCUCCCAUCUCAAUUUCAAAAUAUAUAUGUUUCCCCACCCCCACUAUAAAAAUCAAAGAUAAAAAUGCAAAUGAACCUUUCUGCAACCCCCUGAUACUGCCUCCUGCAUCCCCGUCGGGGUACGGUCACCUUUUUUAAGAACCCCUGCUCUAUUGGGCAAGCCUCAUAUUUUUUUUUUUUUUUUAAAUAAGUGUCCCAUGGGAAGGGCAUUCAUUUUUUUCUAUGGGUUGAUCUUGUUAAUAAGCUCCACAUUAUCUUUACAGCCUCUCUGACCUCCCCCCAGCCAACUUCAUUCAUUGUUGAAUUAAGACUGCUGGUAUUGCAUGCUUAGGGAAAAAAAUCUUAAGCAACAAACACAAUACGGUCACCUUUUUUAAGAACCCCUGCUCUAUUGGGCAAGCCUCAUAUUUUUUUUUUUUUUUAAAUAAGUGUCCCAUGGGAAGGGCAUUCAUUUUUUUCUAUGGGUUGAUCUUGUUAAUAAGCUCCACAUUAUCUUUACAGCCUCUCUGACCUCACGCCAGCCAACUUCAUUCAUUGUUGAAUUAAGACUGCUGGUAUUGCAUGCUUAGGGAAAAAAAUCUUAAGCAACAAACACAACUGAAAGUUUUUCCCCAAGGGCAAGCUACUCAAUUUAACCAAAAUAGAAACAGACUAAAGACUGAAUUUCGAACAGAUGAUAGUCUCCCUUGCUGCCCUUAGUGAUCUAUGUUUUCGUAGGAAUGUGCCAUGAAUACAAAUUUAAGGGAUAAAACUAAGUUCUUCUAUUUCUUGUGCUGUUACAGCCAUUCAAUGGGGGCAUAACACUGUGCCUCACUGUUACCUAUAGGUUUAAACCAAAUUAAACAAAAAUGUCGUUUCUGGUUGGAUCUUCUUGAAUAUAUCUCCAAUCUUAGGGAAUUCUGAGAAAGUAACCCCAAAGUUCAUAAUUAGGGCCUCUGUGUAAAGUUAUAAUAAAAACUCCACUGCUCAAUUAGAGAUACAUUUGUUUCCACCUGCCUAAGAUUUCUUCUGCAUGAUAAAGAGCAAGAUUAAAAUAAAAUGAUUAAUUUUUUUUUACAGCCUCAUCAAAAUGUCUUCAUACAAGAACUAUAGCAGCCUGUCAUUUUCGCUCACCAUUUAGUUUUAAUCAAUUUUAUUUUGCCAUGUUUACAAUAAACUUAACUCUUGCUAUAAAUGAUACAAACAAGUAUAAAAAAUAAUGGUUCAAUUAACUAUUACAAAUUGUGUUAUGUCUUCAACCAUUGGCAGGGAUUUUAUCAGUUAUUGACUAUGUGUCAACUAAUUUAUUUUAUAAAUAUUUACAGGAUCAUUGGCUGAAUUUGCUAGCAGCCAAUGUAAAACUGAUGACUAGGCAGCAUUCAUAAAAUUCUUUAUUUUAAGUGCAUCCACUUUAAAGCACAAGGGUUUACCAAAUAUUGUUUUAUGAUCCAGUUAGCAUAAAGAUUAUUGUAUUUUCAGGUCACCCCCUGCUGUGGUUAUGGCCCUUCCAGGUGGGCAGGCAGAAAGAGUCAUCUGAUGUGACGUUGUACAAUGUCUGAGUGAUUUGAUGGCAGACAGAAAGAAUCUGGUGAUUGGAUGAUGUACAAUGUCUGAGUGAUUUGUUGGCAGGCAGAAAGAAUCUGUGAUGUGACGAGGUGCAAUGUCUGAGUGAUUUGACGGCAGGCGGAAAGAAUGUGGUGAUGUGACGAUGUACACUGUCUGAGUGAUUAGCUGGCAUACAAAAAAUUGUCUGUCGAUGUGGUGAUGUAAAAAUGUCUUGGUGACCUAAGCUGGUAAUGCAAUUUUCUGUACAAAGCAUUGAUUAAAUUUUUACUUUUCUAUUUUUCCUAUUCCAACUGUGCCACUGCUACAACAUACAAUAAUGUUUAAUUUUAAAGUCUAUGCCAUGAUUCAUUUUGCUUUGCUAGUUAGAUGAACCUUUUAAAAACAUGUUUGAAUGUAAUCAUAAAAGUUACAAGAAGAUGUCAUAAUUUAAACUAUAUUUUCUCAUGCCAUGGUGUCUGUAAAAAAUUUGGUGUCUGUUUAAAAUUUUUCAGUUCAACUCAGUGUUUGUAUAUUAAUGUUUCAUGAAGUAGGAACCGGCAGAAAAAAAAUAUGUAUACCUCCAACUCUAUUGUUCACAACAUAUUAACAGUCUCUGUCAAAUGCGGCAGAACAUUGUGAAAUAAUUAGUUUAUAAAUAAUGGCCAGUUAAAGGAACUAGAUUUAAGGCUUUUGAACUACUGCAGUGACAAGAGAACGCACAGUUUUUGGUACAUUUAUUGAAAACUUUAAACUUUGUUUCUGUUUCUACAUGCUGAGUUGCUCAUUACAGUAAAAAAAAUGAAGUCACCCACGGUUAAGAGUGAUCAGCUUAGAACAUGUCAAGUACAACAGCUAGUGGAACAAAAUAUGUAUAAGCUUGAACAGGGAAAAAAAAAGGAUGGAAUGGUUAAAAUGUUCACAAUGAAGCAUUCUCAGUCCCUUGUUUCUCCAACAAGGCUGAGAGAUCUACAUUGUGAUCUGGGAACACUUAAGGCUGUGGUUUUUUUUUGUUUUUUUUUAUUGUCUUCUGAAGAAGACAUUCAGCUGAAACAUCCUUUUGAUUGCUCUGUAUUUCUUUUUUUGCAAGCCUAAACAUAGCUUCUUCCAAUAAUUAUUUUUUCACACGGCUUGUACCUUUUACACAGUCUCCCAUAUAUAAUACCAGGUACAACAGAGUACUGUCUUUAAUUUAUUUGUUUCAGCAAUGUUAGUUUAGUUUUUAUGCUGUUUCAGUCUUUACAUUGUGUGGCUGGCUCAAGACUUGAUUCACAUCACUCUAAUUUGUCCAUCUCUUAAAUUUUUGCAAAUUAUUAUUAAUGUGUUACGUGUUUUUAAAAAUAAAAUUGGCCAUUUGCAUGUAGAUAGUUUUUUACAAAUAUAUUCUUACAUCUGUAGUUACACAAGUUGAAAAUUCAUAUUUUAUUUUAGCAAAUGUGGGAUUUUGAGUGAUCGUAUAUAAUAAUGGUUGCAACAUGUCAAGUUCAAAUUUGGAGUCAAUACAGAGAGAAACAAAAGACUUUCCUCAGUUAAUGAUGUCAGGACUCUAUGUUUUACUUGUGGGCGUUUUUAUGAACAGUUACCACAUGGAAUUCUCUCCUAACUUUGACUUAAGAUAAUAUCUUUUUUAUUUUAAAAUGA